AUGCAGGAUGUGCGUCCUCCAUCUUCUGUAGAUCCUGAGAAAGUAGCUGCUGCUGACCUGAUUCUGAGCCAAUACUCUCAUAUUGAGAUUUAUGGGAAACCAAAAGCAAGCAUGAAGGAAAAUCCUAUGGAGGUUGAUGAGCAAUCAGCUAAGGAUUUUAAUGUAAUUGCUUGUGUGGGUGCUGAUUAUACAUCAUCCUUGAGUGGAGGUCGCAGUGUAAAUACUUCUCUGCAAUCAUCAACUGGGUGUUCUGUCAAAGGGGCACAUUCUUUAUCAUAUUCAGGGCAAUGUAAAGAUGGAGGAAUGUAUGAAGGUUCAAUUGUGGGUGUUAAAAGCAAUACUAUGAGUAGUGACAAUCAUCCUCAAUCUGAGAUGUCAAGGUCAACCAAUCCUGCAUCAGAAGAUUGGGGCAGAGUGUCCACUACCUGUGAAAUUAGAGGAAGUAAUGAAGUGGCUUGUGACCAACUAGUGGUGACACCAUCCUCAGCAUCGGUUGAAGCUGCAGGAUGUGACUCAAGAGAAGAGGAAGGAAACUGUUGUAACCAUACUUCAAAUGCAAAUGGAUCUAAGGCUGAUGCUAUAAUUGACUCUCCAACAUCUGAUUGUAUUAUAUCGAUUAAAUCUGGUAGGCAGAAGCAAACAGGGGCAAGAAGUUCAUGCUCCAGCUGUGGCUCAUCAUUUGACUCCACUACUGCAUCCACAAGUACAAACAGUGGGUUGGUUUCUCAGAUAGGCUUCAACAUGAGCAUGAAUGCACAGUACAGUGACUCUGUAGGUGAGGAGACCCUUAUGUCCCUUGCAGGUGAGUGCAAUACAGAUGUAACUGAAAAUAAUGAGAUUGUUGAGCCAGAGAUGGAAGCCAUACAACACUUUGAUAAGUCAAGGUUGGAGGAAACAUGUAUCUUGGUGAAUGGAGACAACCUUCAUUUUGUUUCUCACUUGGAAGGCAAACCAAAGUCAUACAAGAAAAAGAUAAAGGAAGUGUUUUCUUCAAAAAUGAGGUCAGCAAGGAAACAGGAGUAUGAACAGCUUGCAGCAAAUUAUGGAGAUAUUGAAACCAAAUUACACCAAGAAAGCACUGAGAAUGUGAUGUCCACUUGGACCAUGGAAUCGAACACACAAAAAUUACCGAGUCAUGGUCUAUGUGAAUCCGAGUGGGAGCUUCUCUAGAUAUGAUGCCUCUUGUAAAUAACAUCAAUUGCUUUCAGUUAUGGUACCUGCAGCUUUCCCUCGUAGAUAAAGGGUGUCUAAUGAAAGCCAAAUUUAUAACAUUAGAGUAAAGUGCGUAAAUUUGCAAAACAAAGAAACCCACUUUUUUAGUGGUUGGAACAACCAAUAAUUGUAAUUUGCUGAAGCCUCCUAUUACAAUCAGAGUAAACAUGUACUACAUACAAGCAUAUAGUGCAUUUACUUGAGGUAUGGCUGUUUGCUUGAUUAUGGGAAUCCUUGCCUGAGACAAUUUGCAGUUCUUCGUGUUACCAUUUGGUUGUUG